AUGGAUAAUGGCAGCAAAGGAAACUCGAACUUUUCGGGUCAAUGGAAUGAUGAAUGGAGUAGUAGUGAGUCCGACGAGGAAGAUGUCUCUAAGGGGUUAGAGUCACCAUCACGAGUGGACAAGGAGAGUGAGUCGGUAGAGAGAGUUGAUGUAUUUGGUGAAGGGGAUAAGGGUGGCAGAGUGCCUUUAUCGGAGUCACCAGGUGGUUCAGGCGAUCAAAUAAGUGAUGAUGUGGACACUUCCACGCUUUCAAUCGCGGUUGCAUUGGCUGAUAUUGAAUUUUAUGGGGUUGAAGAGGCUUGUGCAAGAUAUGUGGAGUUUGCAAAGGCGACUGAAUUUGCUGUUCGAAAAGGGGAUUCCAUUAAAGAUGAUGAAGGACUUGCGGGGCAGAUAGGAAGAGGGCGUAUAAGGCGGAGACCAGGACCAACUGCAAUGCAAACCCACCGCAACAUCAACGAAGGUGAUAAAGCCCACAUUCAUAGUAUGCACGAAGUAGGAUUCCAGACCAGGCAAAUCAUGGAGUUCUUUGCAUAUUUGUCCGGUGCGUAUCGAAGCUUGCACUUCAUAAAGAAGGACGUUUACAACUAUAUCGACGAUGUACAUUGCUCUAGGAUCGUUCAGGGAGAUGCGACAGCAGCAAUAAGUUAUUUGAAAGGAAAAACUGAGGUGGAUCCAUUAGCUGUUGUGAUGUACACAUAUUGUCCCGAAAACUACCUUGGUCACCUGUUUUGGUCGGACGGGGUGAUGCAGUAUGACUAUGAGUGCUUUGGUGACGUGUUGGUCUUUGAUUCGACGUAUAAGAAGAAUCUAUACAAUCGGCCUUUGGUAAUAUUUUCUGGCACUAAUCACCACCGACAGGCAAUAAUUUUUGGUUUCGGGUUGCUGGAGGACGAGAAAAUUCCAUCUUAUAAGUGGCUGCUAGCCACUUUCCUAGAAGUCAUGCAUUAA